AUGUCGCGACUACGUGUGAAAAACGUGAGUUAUGAUGAAGAUGACUAUGAUGAUGGAUAUGACUCGCCCGACCCGGAAGAACAAGAGAUCCUCGAGCAAUGUACGGCGGAAGUGCUUGCGCAGUUACUUUCGGGCGAACCCUCUGUGACGGCGACUCGGGAUGAAGUCCAAGAGGCGCUGUGGCAUUACUAUAACGAUGUGGAAAAGUCGGUUAAUUACUUGCGAGGGAAGAAAACGAAAGAGAUGAAGAAGAAGCAGAAUCCUGCUCCCCCAGUAGCGGCCAAGGGGAAAGUGCCCGCUUACCCUCUACCUCCUGUCGCAUCAUCGCCAUCCUCCCAUUUCUCGGCCAAGGAUUUCUUUCGUGAUUCGCCAUGGCUUAAUGUUCCCGCGCAUCGCAAAGGGGAGAUCCUCAUCGAACCUCUUUAUCCUCGAUUGGGUUUGCUUGGAGGCGCUCCAGAGAGUGGUGGGAAAGUGUCAAAGUUGGCUGCCUUGGCUGCUGCGCGGAAGAAGAAAGAGACCGACAAAGCCGCAUCGGGUGCACCGACCACUCCUGGCGAGCCUGGUACUCCCGACAGAACACCGACGGUCGAGUCGAAACUAGCUUCUCUGUCCUUACGCGAAAGGCUUGCAGGCAAUGGCAAGGCUCAGAAGCCGUCGGAGAGUGGGCAAUUACCCCGUACGCUAAGAAGAGGGACACCUUCCGAGAGUCCUCUAGCUCAGAAGAAGCUAUCGCCUGAGCCUUCUAAGGCAAAGAGUCCAGAGAUGAUUCCAGGGGAACCUACAACGAGGAAACCAUGCGCCGGCGAAGAGGAAACGGAGCGGCCCAAGGCCAGUAUUCGGGCGCCACCGUCUACAUUUGCUAGCACUAUCGUUGGAGCCAAUACGCGGCCUCAAAUUACUGAGCCCAGCCACUUGUAUUCAAGCACAGUUGAUCUCAUGCAGAUCUACGGACAGGAUCUUACUGAACCCUUUGACUUUGCAGGUCCCAGCCCGGAUGACGUGGUCCUCAAUGCUCAGAGCUCAGCUAAAGGCUUCAAGUCGAAACAACCUGCGUCAAAGUCAGCAGGCGACAAGAAGAACCAGGGUGACCUGGCUGGUGGCAUGAACAAUCUUAGUGUCCAGGAGAAGGUGGCUGUCAAGAGCAAGAAUUUGGAUGUCUUGUCGGAGUAUCAUAAGUCUCAACGGAAGAGAGCAAUGAACUUUGCGGUUAUCGGUCAUGUGGAUGCAGGAAAAAGCACACUUAUGGGACGUUUACUGGCGGAUUUGAAAGCUGUUGACCAGCGGACAUUGGAGAGGUAUCAGAGGGAGGCUGAAAAGAUUGGCAAAGGAUCUUUUGCCCUUGCAUGGGUACUUGAUCAGGGUACCGAGGAGAGAGCUCGCGGUGUCACGAUUGACAUUGCGAUGAACAAGUUCGAGACGGAGAAUACUGUCUUCACGAUUGUGGAUGCCCCGGGACAUAGAGAUUUCGUUCCGAACAUGAUUGCAGGAGCCAGCCAGGCAGACUUUGCCGUGCUCGUUAUCGACUCCGGAACCGGAAAUUUCGAGUCGGGCUUGAGAGGCCAGACCAAGGAACACGCCCUGUUGGUACGAAGUAUGGGUGUGCAAAGAAUUAUUAUUGCCGUGAACAAGAUGGACGCGGUGGAAUGGAGCCGGGACCGGUAUGAGGAGAUUGAACAACAGAUCUCGUCAUUUUUGACGACUGCCGGGUUUCAGGCGAAGAAUAUCGCCUUCGUUCCCUGCUCGGGCUUCAGAGGAGACAAUGUCACUCGACGCAGCGAUGACCCGAAUGCGUCAUGGUACACGGGCCGUACUCUGGUUGAAGAGCUGGAGGCAACCGAACCUUACAGCUAUGCGUUGGACAAGCCAUUGCGCAUGACGAUCAGCGAUGUCUUCCGUGGCGGCGUGCAGAAUCCUCUUUCGAUUUCUGGUCGGAUCGAUGCCGGCAGCUUGCAAGUGGGCGACCAAAUUCUGACUAUGCCUAGCGGGGAGACGGCUACCAUUCGAAGCCUAGAAGUGGACGGCGAGCCGAACGACUGGGCAGUGGCUGGUCAGAACGUGGUUCUCAAUCUGGCGAAUAUCGAUCCUAUUCACCUUCGGUCUGGCGAUGUGAUUUGCCGCCCAUCAGCACCCAUCGCGAAUAUCACCUCUUUCACGGCAAAGGUGCUAGCGUUCGACCAUCUAAUGCCUAGCAUGGUAGAUAUUCACCGAGGGCGACUUCACGUUCCAGGACGGAUCAGCCGCUUGGUCGCGACACUCGAUAAGGGAUCUGGCUCGGUAAUCAAGAAGAAGCCUAAGAUUGUUCCACCUGGUUCUGUGGCACGCAUUGUGGUUGAGAUGGACCAGGCAGUCCCUCUGGAAGCACCUACGAGGAUUGUUCUACGAUCAGGAGGCGACACGGUGGCCGCUGGCUUGCUUGAAUGA